CCAGCAGGCUGAAUUUUAUAUCCGUCACUUCUCACCAGACCCCAAUCACUCUCCUCCCAGCUGUACCAAAAAAAAAAUCAAUUCGAUUUCUCUUUUUCCCAAACAAUUGACCACCAUUUUAUAGCCUCCACAGAACCUUCUCUUGCUUACUACAUUUCGUCUGUCUCUAGCCCCUAAACCCCUGAAUCAGAGAGAGAGAAGGGAGGGACCAAGGGAGAGGAAAAGCAGAGCUGUAGAGAGAGAAAGUCCAGUUGAGUUCUACUGUCUCUCACUAGAUCUGGCCUCCACUGGCCGGGGUACCCUGUUGGUGGUUGCCUUUGCCCAAAGGCGCCUGCUUGCUCGCUUCGCUUGCAGUGUCUCACUCACCCACUUCCCCCUACCGCCCCCACGCUCUAUGCUUGCUCUGCCGCCAUGUGGUGAUCUUCGCGCUCCAACUAGAACCACCAGCACCUCACCACCGCGUCGCGGUGCGAUGCCAAGCUUGGUGGCGUCACGCUGCCCGGUGGCUCCAGCUUCUGUGCCCGGCAUUGCAAUGCCGCCGCUGGUGGAGGCGUGACGACGGAGUAGCUGGCGAAGCGAGGGGAAGAAAGAUUCCAUCUUUCUUGAAGAGUUUGUUCCGCUCGCGAGCGAGCGCGGCGCCGCCGACAUGUUUAAGUCGCGGUGGCACGGCGGCGGCGGCAAGGCCAAGGCGGUCUUCAAGCUGCAAUUCCACGCUACGCAGGUGCCGCAGCUGGGGUGGGAGGCGAUGAUGGUGGUGGUGACGCCGCAGGACGCCGGCCGGCCGACGGCGCGGUCGGAGCGCGCGGAGGUCACCGACGGCGCGUGCCGGUGGGCCGCCCCCAUCUUCGAGGCCACCAAACUCCCCACUGGCAAGGACAAGAUCUAUCAGUUCCUCGUCUACGAGACCGGGUCGACCAAGGCGGCGCUGCUGGGGGAGGCUACGGUGAACCUGGCCGACUACGCCGACGUGUUCAAGCCGUCGGCCGUUACGCUCCCGCUCAAGGGGAGCCCCGGCGCGCUGCUGCACGUGACCAUCCAGCGGGUGGUGGGUGGCGGCGGUCGGUGCGGUGACGACGCGAGCAGUGAGAACGGCGACGCUCCGGCGGCGGCGGUGAAGACACCGCAGCGGAGGAAGACGCUGCAGAGCCAGCUGAGCCAGUGUGAGGAUGAGAACGGCGAGAAGGCAAGGGCGGCAGUGGAUGCUAUAAGCCCUGUGCAAGAUGGAUUGUUGAUAAGAAAACCGCCGGGGAUGAUGUUUCCGUCAAGAAGAAACACACCUAUGUCUGUUGAGCCAGUUGGCCAUUUCCACAAUAUCAGCAGCUUGGAUGCCCUCUCAGUGUCGGGUUCAGAUGGAAGCUCGGGGAGAUAUACCCCCAAAACCAGUGUAAGCAUGCACAGGGCGUUUCUUCAGGAUGGUAGCAAUGUCCUAUCACCAUUUGCCAACAACGGCACCCCGAAGAACCCAUUGACCAGCUCCGGUGACUGGUCGGGAAGCUCGGCUCCUGAUGCUAGCACAGAUGGGUCAACCAGCAACUCCGGUGAGGCAGGGUUAGGAGGGGCAGAGGAUGAUGUGGAGAAGCUAAGAAGUGAGAUAGCCACUUUAACACGGAAAUUGGAUGUCUCAGAUAUGGAGUUGCAGACACUCAGAAAGCAAAUUGUGAAGGAGAGUCGGCGUGGGCAAGAUCUCUCCAAGGAAAUGAGUAGCCUGAGGGAGGAGAGGGAUGCACUCAGAAGAGAAUGUGAAGGACUCAGGGGGGCGAAGAAGAUGACCCAUGAUGUGAAUGGCUCAAGUAAAUGGCUCUCAGAUGGGGAAGACCCUUUGCCACAGAUUGAAGAGCUGAAGGAAGAGCUGAGUCAUGAAAAGAAUCUAAAUUCAGAUCUUCGUGUACAACUGCAAAAGAUGCAGGAGUCCAACUCUGAGCUGCUUCUGGCUGUGAAGGAUCUUGAUGAGAUGCUGGAGCAAAAGAACAGAGAGAUUUCCAUUUUGCAAGAGGAUACAGAGGAGGAUCCACAGGAAGCAGAAUAUGAGCACGCCCUGUCAAAUGUGCACAAUUCUGGACACAAAAUAGACUUAUCUGAAACGAGUUCAGAACAAGAGAAGGAAGAUGAGCUUAUGCUAGAUGCAUUGGCAAAGAAGCGUGAUGACAUCUCUACCUCUGAGCUUGAAAAGAAAACUCUUGAGUUGAGCAAUGAAAUUGAGUUGUACAAGAAAGACCGUGAGGAUCUUGAGAUGCAAAUGGAGCAACUUGCACUUGAUUAUGAGAUUCUGAAGCAAGAGAACCAUGACAUCUCCUCAAGGUUGGAGCAAACACAACUGAGAGAGCAGCUAAGGAUGCAGUAUGAGUGUUCGGCCCAUUUGUCUAUAAUAAGUGAUCUUGAGGCCAAUGUUGAGAGCUUGGAUAACGAACUGCAGGCACAGGCUAAAAAGUUUGAGGCUGAUAUAGCAAAAAUAAUGAGUGCAAAGGUGGAACAAGAGCAAAGGGCCAUAAAGGCUGAAGAGUCUCUGAGGAAGAUAAGAUGGAACAAUGCAACUACCGCUGAACGACUUCAGGAGGAAUUCAAGGUGUUGUCUUCGCAAGUUUCAUCUGCUUUCAGUGCAAAUGAAUGGCAGCUUGUGCAAUCAAGAAAGGAGGCUGCAGAACUGCAGUUGCAGAAGAGACAGUUGGAAGAGUUACUGCAGAAGACCCAAGAAGAGCUUGGAUCAGUUCAGGAUCAACACCGGGUAAAGGUUCAACAGUUGAUAACUCUUGUGGAUUUCAAGUCAAAGGAGAAUGACAGGCUACUGACAGAGCUCAAAAGCAAGAGUGAUGAGUUCCAGAACCAAAAAAGAUGCGAUGAGGCAAAACUGAAUGCUCUGUUAGAAGAAAUUGAUCAACUCAAAGUCAACAUUGACAAGCUAUCAGAUGAGAGAGACGAUCUCUUUGAAAAGAAUGAGCAGAAAGACAAGGAAUUGGCUGAAAAUAAUGAAAAGGACAUGCUCUUGCAAGGCAAAAUUGCUGAGAUUACUUUGCUCAAUAAAGAGAUUACAUUGCUCAAGGACCAAGUGAAGAUGCAUUUGGAGGAACUUCACACUUUAAAAUGUUCGAAGAAUGAGAAGGAAGAGAGAAUAGGAAAGCUGCAAAUAGAUAUUGGGUCACUGAAACUCCAGUGCGACAACUUGAAAACUUCGCUGUCCAAGAAGAAGUCAGAGAAAGAAAGCCUUGCUUCUCAGGUGCUGAAGCUGAGAAAAGCCCUCGAAAGCAGGGAAGGUACCAAGGCAAAUGGUGUGACUUCAGACGCAAAGGAUAAUCAGCAAACUAAUCAUAAGCGCAUCAAGCACAAUAACGGCGCCACUGGGAGUAGUACUGCACUGCCAGGCACCAACAGACAGAAUACGGACGGUGACUGCAACGCGGACGGUGACUGCAAUGGGCAUGACAUGAGGAACUCUGACGGCCAGUCAGUAAAGGAGCUGACCUCUCUGAAAGAGAGGAACAAGGCGAUGGAGGAGGAGCUGAUGGAGCUGCACGAGCGGUACUCAGAGAUCAGCCUGAGGUUCGCUGAGGUGGAAGGCGAGCGGCAACAGCUCGUGAUGACGGUGCGGUCGCUGAAGAACUCCGUGAGGUGACCGAUGCUAUUCAGUACUCACAUUGUAGCUACAAGAUUUAGACGAUACCCCGAGGGUGGCGUUGUACAGGCGGGUGACUGGAAGAGAGACUCCAGGGCUUCGCAGGGGCCAGGCAGACACCUGGGAUAGCAGGGUGUAUGUGGUCGGUCAGUCACAUUACACAGCAUGUAGGCCUCGUGUCACAAUAAUAUUCUUUUCUUUUCUUUUGUUCCUUCCCUACUGUCGUGUGCAGUAAGUUGUAAUAGUUAUCUUACCCUCUCUAGAGUGUGUUGUGCUGUAUAAUUUUCCCUGA